AUGCAUCCGCGACGCCCGGAAGGCUUCGACGGCCUGGGCUACCGGGGGGAGCAGGGGGGCUUCGCGGCCAAGCCGGACCUCGGCCACUGGGUCAGCACCCCGCCUGACAUCCCCGGGAGCCGCAACCUGCACUGGGGGGAGAAGACCCCGCAGUUCGCCGCCGCGACCCCGCUGGGGGCGGCCGGGCUCCAUGAAGACCCUUACGCUGGAGGGGCCGCCGCCAGUUCCGAACAGUUGAAUAGAUUUGCAGGCUUUGGGAUUGGUCUGGCAAGCUUGUUUACAGAAAAUGUGCUGGCCCAUCCAUGUAUUGUUUUGCGUCGGCAGUGCCAGGUUAAUUAUCAUGCCAGGAAUUAUCAUCUCACUCCGUUUACUGUUAUCAACAUCAUGUAUAGCAUCAAUAAAGCCCAGGGCCCCAGAGCUCUUUGGAAAGGAAUGGGAAGCACUUUCAUUGUUCAGGGCAUAACCCUUGGAGCAGAAGGGAUCAUCAGUGAAUUCACACCCUUGCCAAGAGAGCUUUCAUAUAAGUGGAGUCUCCGACAAAUAGGAGGACAUCUUUUGCUGAAAGGGGUAACUUGUGUGAUAGCAAUGCCUUUUUAUUCUGCAAGCCUGAUUGAAACCGUGCAAAGUGAAAUCAUUCGGGAUAAUCCUGGAAUCUUAGAUUGCCUAAGAGAGGGUAUAGGCCGAGCGAUGGGUUUCGGAGUGCCCCAUAGCAAACGGCUGCUCCCUCUGCUGGCGCUGACCUUUCCUACUGUUCUACAUGGAGUUAUUCAUUACAUCAUUAGUUCCAUUGUCCAGAAAAUAGUCCUUGUGCUUCUAAAAAAGGAAAAUCCUUCCAGUCUUUCAACAGAGGGCACCAGUUCUGUGCAAAGCAUGCUGGAUGCUUAUUUUCCAGAACUUAUUGCUAGCUUUGCUGCCAGCCUUUGUGCUGAUGUCAUGCUGUACCCACUGGAGACAGUCUUACACCGCCUUCACAUUCAAGGGACCCGCACUAUCAUUGACAAUACAGACCUUGGGUAUGAAGUUCUCCCCAUCAAUACACAGUAUGAAGGAAUGAGAGACUGCAUCCAUACAAUAAAGCGUGAAGAAGGAAUACUGGGAUUUUACAAAGGGUUUGGGGCUGUGGUUGUACAAUAUACAUUACAUGUAGCUUUGUUACAGCUCACUAAAAUUCUUUAUUCCACACUGCUUCAGAAUGUUUCUUAAGGGCUAAUAGAUAUACCCCUUGAAAUUCACAAGUUGAGCAGAUAAGCGAAUGAAAUCUGAAAGAUUAGAAUUCACAGUGAUGGUUUUCUUACCAUGUAGGAUGUUCCUUUGUAAAUAGAGAUACAAGUUCCCCUAU